AUGGCCAGACGAAAGUCAGCACCGACAAAACCAUUACCAAGCGCUGCAAGCACUGGGAAAUCACAUAAGCGACGAGUUUCUACAGCCACCAUCACAGCCACACCUGGGAGCAGAGCAUCGAAAAGAUUGAAGCAGUCAGAACAGAGUCCUAUCGGUGUCAGAGCGACUCCGACAAAGAGCAAGUACUUCGAGGAUCCCGACAGCGAGGAUUCCGGCGACGAAGACGAGACUCAAGAUGAUGGGGAAGUUUCCGGCUAUGAGGAUGCAUCGCAAGCAAGCGAAUCAGCACCCAGUGAAACCGACGAAGAUGAUUAUGAUUCCUCGGAGGGUGACAGCAAACGCAAGCGGACAAAGCCUGCUGCUCGACGAGGCAAGGCUGGUGCCGGGCAAGGGACUGGCCUCAUGUCUGCGGUGACGAAUACUUUAAACAAGGCCAAAGAUCUAUGGAGACCAGGUGUCUCGACCGGAUUAGGACCUGGAAAACAGGUUUUCAUAGAAAAGCCCAAGCCACGAGGCGACGGAGGCGUCAAAUAUGAACCGGCCAAGAUUCAUCCAAAUACGAUGGAGUUCUUGAAGGAUUUGAAAAAGAACAACGAUCGAGAAUGGUUGAAAAUGCAUGAUCCUGACUAUAGGACCUCGUGGAAGGACUGGGAGAGUUUUGUCCAAACUUUGACGGAAAGAAUCAGCGAGGUCGACGAAACCGUUCCAGAGCUACCGCCCAAGGACCUUGUUUUCAGAAUAUAUCGAGAUGUCAGAUUCUCCAGCGACCCGACACCAUAUAAGCCUCAUUUCUCAGCUGCAUGGUCUCGCACUGGUCGAAAAGGCCCUUACGCGUGCUACUAUGUGCAGAUCCAACCUGGGGGCAAGAGUCUCGUCGGCGCCGGUCUUUGGAUGCCUGAAGCUCAGCCUCUUGCUCUCCUACGCCGCAACAUUGACAGGAAGCCACAUCAGUUGAGGCAGGUCUUGAUGGAGCCGCAAAUGCGAAGCCAAAUCUUGGGAGGGAUAUCGAAGGACGAAAAGAAAGCCGUGAAAGCAUUUGCCGGACAGAAUGCUGAAAAUGCUCUCAAGACAAAACCGAAGGGCUAUGAAGCCGAUAAUCCUAAUAUUGAAUUGCUUCGAUUGCGCAAUUUUACCCUGGGCAAAAGGCUCGCGGACAGUGAAAUCACUGGAGCAAGGGGUCUGGAGAAUAUCAUGCAGUUGAUUGGCGUGAUGGUCCCUUUUGUCACAUAUCUCAAUAGCGUCGUUAUGCCAGACGAUGAUGAUGACGAGGAUGAAGAAGACGAUGAAACCAACACCAAUGAAGCUGAAGAUGAUUGA